AUGGACCGGUUAACACAAUUACAGGAUGCUAUCGAUGCUAUGGCAAGGAUGUUCACAAACAGUAUAUAUUACGUGCACGAAAAGUCGGGCAUGGCAGAACUCAACAAAGGCAUACCCGUUGCUCAACCAAAAAUACAAGCAGACAAGCCAGAAGUGUUUCAAGACAAUAUGAAAGAGCUGGCGUCAGAUUUAGUGAAAAAAGCCAAAGAAAUCGAUGCGCUCAUAGAAGUUUUACCAGGAGUACAACAAACCGAAGAAGAGCAGAUCAAUCUCUUGAAAUCACUUGAAGAAGAAAAUCGAAUUGCAAAUGAAGAAUAUGAAGCUGCAGUGAAAGAGAUGGAACUUGUAAAGCAGCAGAUAAACCAAUCUUUACGAGCAAUAGCGGAUGAGCAAAGCCAAUCUAUGGAGGAAGAUUAG